GAGGCAUUUCCUGGUAGAGCAGUACUAAGGCGAUUCGCCCGUAAGGUCAGCCAGAAGUCAGCUAGCAUGUCACGGCUGAGCUGGGUACCUCGUAGAGCAGUGAUCGGCCCCCCUGUCGAACCCCUUCCGUCCUGCAUUCCCCCGGCCACUUCAAAAGCAUCCAGGCCCCCGCUGGCAAAACCGGCCGGGACCUCCAGCCUGGCGACACAGUCCGCGAUGACAGGGGCAUGAUCAUGAAUCCGAACAUCGUUUACUAUAGGAAAACUCCUGAGAGGGCUUCGUCUGGGACGGCG